AAUGAUGAAAUCGACGAAACAUGUGCUGAAAGUGAAUUUCAAAGUAAAAUAUUAGAGGUUUUCAAUUCAACGUGGUGAGUUUUUUCUUGACUUUUUACAACGCAAUGAGUACUUAUAAAUAUAUUGCAACAGGUUUUAUUGAUGAUGCUAAAAAGCUUUAUGAUGAUUUUGCUAAGUGCCCGAAUAAUGAUUUUAAAACAUUUUGUAACGUGUGGAAAAAAUAUAAAUUUAGGUGCAUAUUUAUGGGUUGCACAGAUCAGAAAGAAUUGAGAGAGUUUACAAAUGAAAUCUAUCAGCUAACUUUAAAUUAUAUGGGGUCGUCAUCCUUUGAUUCACAGAUUGCUGCGAUUUACCUUUUGUAUGCUUUAUACCGAAAUCAAGAUGAAAUUUCACCUGUGAGGAUUCGAGUUUCAAAAUUGCAGUAUCGUAAUAUUCAACAAAUUCAUGAAUACGCUGUUAAUAAGAAAGCACAUGAGCUACAUUACAUAAUUGAUUAUUUAAAGGCAAAUUGCUUGGAAUUAGUCGCCAAUAGUACGUUAUACGGUCCAUGUUGCUCUUUAAACAAAGAUAAUCUUAUAAAAUCGAGCGCUAAUCAGUUAGUAAUCUUAACUGAUUUACAGCAAAGCAUGUCAAAUUUUCAUGAUAAUGACGUGAUUACAAAUCUAAAAAAGAUGCGGGAUCAAUAUUCAGAACUAAAGCACACUAUUAUGUCUGCACCAACUUAUGUUAGAGAUAAUGAUUCUUCUCUGAUAAAUGACUAUGAAGAAAAAAAUAGGAAGCUGAAUGAAAUUUUGGGAAAAAAUGUAAAUUAUUCUGACUCUUCUUGUUAUGCUGGGAAGAAUAAUAAAAGCAGUUUAGGACCAGUUAUAGAAAAAAGCGACAUAGGUCGUCGAAGACUUGAAAUAAAAAAUGCCGCUUCUGAAAUGAAAGUUAUGAUUCCCAAAACAAAAUAUCAUGAAGAACUUAUCGAAGAAUGUGUAAACAAUGAGGUUACCGAUUCAGAAAUAAUUUCUUUGAAAAGAAAACGUUUUUAUAAUAAACGUCUUCCAGUUAAUAAGCGUAGAAUCGGUAGACCAAAAAAGCACACCGAAAAAAUUUCUUCAUGUGAAAGUGAUGAUUCAGACUUUAAAUAUUCUUUCCAAAUUUUACCUAACCCAGUUACUAAGACUAAAAGAGGUCCAACUGGACGAAGGAAAGUGAGCUAUUUGAGAAAUUACGAAGGACCUGUUAUCAUAUCUUCAAAAGAAGAACCUAUAAAUGAUUGCAAUAAAACUUCUGAUGAAUCAUUUGAAGAUCAAUUUAUAGAAUUUUAACACAUUUUAUUGCAUGUAUUCCAUUUCUGUAUGUAUUCUGUCUGUCCAGUUCUGUAUUAUGCAUGUAUUCACACAUUCCAUACUCUGAAAUUUUUUUGCUAAGUAAUAGUAAGAUAGCAGUUGUGGGAUUAUUGGCCAAAGAGGACAAGUCACAAAUGGUCCGUAGACAUUCUGGACUGAAGGGACUUCUUUCAAGACAACCAAAUAAGAAUAAUAUAUGUAGCUUAUCCAUUUUUUUGAUGGGACAUAAAAGCUGAUUGACAUCAGAUUUACAUGCUGUAUACUUUUGGUAAAAGAUGGCAAUGGAAUGGCCCUUUAUGUGUUCGAAAUAUGGGAAUUUACUAAACAGAAUCAACAAUGAAGUGGAUUGAUGUAUGAAUGGGAAAUCAUUACUAUAAAGCCCGUCGGUCCCCCCCCCCUUCGCGGAUGUUGAAGAAAAGACUUUUCAUCCCCCACUGCGAAGACCCUCCCUACCCAAGGUACGGCGAAGAUGUUAGAUUCCUCACCUUUUUUUAUUUAUAUUAACAUAUUGUGCUAUACAGACAGGUAUGUUUACCAAAGAAACACACUCAGCCCUCAAAAUAACAACAAAUGGUAUUUUAGAAUUAGCCUCAUAUUGUAAAGACCAGCUUAAACUUAAUUAUAUAGUACCUGGGAAGUUUCAAACGGACUAUUUGGAAAGCAGGUUCGGGUUAUACCGUCGAAUGUCGGGAAGCCAUUAUCACAUCGAUUAGGCAGCUAUAUGAAUCGGAAAAGAAACUAAGAAUGCAAUCAUUAAUGAAAUUAAAUAUCAUGUCUAAAUCUCAAGGUAAAAUUUUGAUUACAGAUGUUUCUAUUGAGUCCGAACCGGAUAAUCUUGAGGAACAUGCUGUAUUUUCUUUGUAUUCUGAUGUGUCAGUCGAAAAUAAUAAUAUUGAAGCAGUGAAAGAAUUUUUUGGUACAUUACUAUACAUUGCCGGAUAUUGUGUUUACAUUACUUCAAAAAAAUUAAAAUGCGUUAUUUGUCAACAGGAAUUAUCAGUUGAUAAAUCUCUAGAAAUUGAUUAUAAUAAUACUUACUUUUUAAAUUUAGAUAGAGGUAAACUUUUAUAUCUUCCGCUGCAUGUUUUAAGGUUAUAGUAUAUAACUACAUAGUUAUAAAAAAAACUGUGUUAUGAGUAUGAAGAAGACUUUAAUAAAUAUGACAAAUCCAGAUUACUUGCAAUUGAACUAUCUGAAAAGUUAUUAGAGUCACAAAAUUUAAUGGAUGAUUGUUGUGAUAAUAGGCACGAUGAGUCUCAAAUCAUUAAACUUCUUUUGUGGUCUUCAACAAAUAUAUUUUUAAACAAUUAUUGCAGAGAAAAGAAUGAUAAACAUGAAAUAGACAAACAAUAAAAAAUUGCUGAAAAACAGAAA